UUGAAAACUAAAGAACACAAUGUAUAACAGGUAUGUUAGAUUCCUCCUUAACGUUUAUUUUUCAUUAACAUAGAGGCUAGUUCCUGUUUUUCCGCAGCUGUAGGACUCCGUAAUGUUGUUAGCUUCCCUGUUAGCCACAGAUUCCUUCUUCCUGUGUUAGCCGUCCAUCCGUCUCCUUUGUGCAGAAAUGAACCGAAUGUGCUACAAUAACAACAAUACUCUUCAAACAAUCCACAUGUCCAGUGUGUAUUGAUGCCCUUGCAGCAGAAUGAAUGUACAUUUGUUGAAAUAAGUCAACUGUUAAGAUGGAAGAAAACCAGUAUACAUCACUGACGGUUCCUACGGAUUAUUUUCAGCAGUGGUACCAGUCCAGUCAGCAGCACCCUGAGGCUCAGUAUGUGAUGCCCUAUAACAACAUGGGCUUCUACACAGAGGGUCCCAGAGAUGAGCCCGUCAUGGCGGAGCUGUCCGUCCACCGGGAUCCUCCUGUUCACCAGGAACCUUUCUACCAGAACUACAACCCCCCGGCCCAGAAUCAGUACCACGAGCUGACCUACCAGCCCAACCUCAGGGAGCAGCAGCAGCACCCUGGACACAUGCACCCCCCUCAGCACCAACACACAGCCCAGCAGCAGCAGCAGCAGGAGCCCAGCGUGCAGCUCCAACCUCAGCCUGCUGCUCCACCUCAAGUGGCGACGCCGGUGAAGAAGAAGCGCGGCCGGCCUCCGAAGCAGCAGACAGAAGAUGGAAAGACGACCGAGGAGGAGAACGAGAUCGAGGCAGCGAAAAAAGCCAAAAGGGCUCUGAACCGCUUCAACGGCAUGUCAGUGGAGGAGGUGAUGACCAAAACCCUGCCGGACGUCAUCACCUACAACCUGGACAUCUUGAUAAUUGGAAUUAACCCGGGACUGCUGUCGGCGUACAAAGGACGCCAUUACCCAAACCCAGGAAACCAUUUCUGGAAAUGUCUGUUUCUCUCUGGUCUGACUGACGAGCAGCUCAACUUCAUGCAUGACCAGAGCCUGCCGGAGACAUACAGCAUCGGCUUCACCAACAUGGUGGAGAGGACCACACCCGGCAGCAAGGACCUCUCCAGUAAGGAGAUUCGUGAAGGAGGUCGACAGUUACUCGACAAGCUGCAGAAAUACAGACCAUUAAUAGCUGCUUUCAAUGGAAAAGGUAUUUAUGAAAUCUUCUGCAAAGAAACGUUUGGUGUGAAGGCAAAGAAACUCGACUUCGGUCUACAGCCUUACAAAAUUCCAGAAACUGAAACAGUGUGCUACCUGAUGCCCUCGUCCAGCCCUCGCUGUGCACAGUUCCCCCGUGCGCAGGAUAAGGUUCAUUUCUACAUCAAGCUGAAGGAGCUGCGGGACGAGAUGAAGGGUCUGAUCCCGAAGCGCGAGGUGGAGGAGACGGAGUACCUGUUCGAUCUGCAGCUAGCCAAAGAGGAUGCAAAGAGGAUAUCAAUCAAAGAGGAGCAGGUGGAUCCGGAGUAUGAAAGCUCUAAUGCGCUACCCGGCGACGAGAAGCAAAGCAGCAACGACGGCGACGAGAAGCAAAGCAGCAACUCCUCCAAGUAAAGGAGCGCGAAGAGAGGAGGAGAACAGCCUGUCUGCUGUAGCACACAGGUAGUGUAGUGAGUUCUCACUACAGUUCAUCGAGUUGGAACUAAACAGAGUUAGGGUUAGUUACAGGUGCAUCAACUGCAUCUGUAAAUAAUGACUCCAAACCACUGUGACUGAUCACCUUUCUGAAGCAAUUUAAAGGUCUGUUGAUUUUUUUAUAGAACAGUAACAUGAACCAAUGACCUCAAACAUCCCGGAGAAAAAAUAGAUUUGAAGUCCGGCAACAUUUUAGGCACACGGUACAUUUCUGUUCACACCGAAAGAUAGUUUUUGUUUGUUUACACGAAAGAUCCACUGGGAAACCUACGGGAUAUUUGUCCACUUGUACCUUAUUGCCCCAUGUUUUUGUGUCUAAGUGACACCCAUUUUUUUAAUUGGUCCAGUAUUGACCCACUAGACAGGCUGCUAUGUAAUCCUAUUGGGCCAUUACACACCUUCAGUUUGCGUCAACUAAAACACAUGCUUGUUUUUCAUCAAUUACAGGCUCAUGUGGUUAUUCUAAGUGUCACAGAAAUAGACGAAUACAAUGUUUUCUUUGCUGGAUCCUGGCUGUGAACCCCGGGAGAAUUCUCUUUCAGAAGUCUUGUGUUGCAUCCAUCUUGACAAAAUCAUCUAAAUAACCAGCCACAACAUUGACGGUCCUUAAGAAAACUCUAAGCUACACUGACUGUACUCCAAUUAAACAAUCUCUGACAACAACUGUUUUCAGGCAGAAAGUCCUAUGAUAAAAUAAAAUAAGAGGUGAAAUCAGCCGAAAGGUAAACCGAUCCUUUCUAUUAUGUUGUUGACACUUUUAAUACAAAAACUGAGCUUGUCCGUGGCCUAAACAAGCAGCUAGUGGACAAGCCAGCAUUCUUGCUCAAUACUGAACCAAUUCAAAGAAACAUAGUCUCGAGUUGUGACAAAAACAUGGGUCAAUUAGGGUCCAGGUUGAAAAAAUACCAAAGUGUUCCUUUACACAAUUUGCAGUAAUGUGCAAAAAAUACGUAACACAUUGCCACCAUCAAUUAUGUUUUGCGUGGUUUCUAGAGAUUAAGUAAAUUGCUUAAGUAUUACCAUUGUAUUGGGUAAUGACAAACCAUUCCUUCUGCAAGCAGCACAGUGCAUCUCCUUGGUUUGUAUUGUGGUAUCUUGCAGAAAAAGGACAUUGUAGGCCGGUCUGCGGACAACAUGACACGGGAGCACUGCAGCUGAAGAGGCUCACUCACCAGAAACCAGAUAGCAGCUGUACUAGUAGCAUGAUGCAUCAGUGAGAGUGAGAAACCCUCUGAUGACACACGGAGAAAAAGGAGAGUCAUACAGUUUCCUGAAGCCUCGCAAUGUAACGCACAAGGGAGAAAGUGCCCACCACGGUUACAUUUUCUAACUCUCCAACAGACUGUGCAUGUGUUUGGUGUUAUUUUUUAUCACUAUUUAUUGCAUUUUGUAUGGUACGUGUGUCCAGUGACUUAUUUUUGUAUUUUUAAAAGAAUGACAUUUUAUGAUUUAUCAGUUGUAUAAAUAGGUAAUUGUACUCUGGAAUUUCUACCCUGUAAUUACAGAGUUAUUAAAUCUCUUCUAAAG